ACUAGCCUUGACUACCCCUACCCUCUCUUUAUCAGUGCCAUGCACAUGCUGUGGUCGUUCGGAGCUUGUGGCUUCUACUUGAGGCACGAGAUGGGUAUUUUGCAGCGUUACUCCCCUACACAGUAUCUGCAACAAAUUGUACCAAUCUCGGUGUUCUCAAGCGCCAGCAUCGCGUGUGGCAAUCUAGCUUUGAAAUAUAUUUAUCCAUCUUUCAACGAGUUAUUACAGCAAACUAGCGCUGCUGUGACAGUUGUGGUAGGAGUUUUUAUUUUCGGCAAGCGAUAUAAUUUUGCUACUUAUUUAUCGAUGUUGCCAGUUUGUGGUGGAGCGCUAUUGUGCGGCCACGGUGAAGUCAACUUUGUUCUCCUAGGAGCUCUUUCUGCGAUUGGUAGCGUCUUCUUUAGGGCAUUGAAAAAUACUAUGCAAGGUGACCUCUUGAACGGAUCGCUGUCCUCUCUUGAGCUGUUGUUCGUCCUUGCCCCUGCCAACUUGGUAUUUUUCCUCAUCGGCUCUCUCGCUGCUGAGGGGAUCAGCCCUGUAUGGGAGGCGGCCAGUAGUCCAUCGAUAAUGUUGGGCUUGAUAAUAUCAUCAUUCUUGGCAUGUGCUUUUAACAUUCUUACUUUUAUGAUGCUGAAACUACUGUCACCAGUAGGAGCCAUGGUCGUACACUCUAUGAAGACUCCUGGUAUGCUCAUAACGUCAUGGGCGCUUUUUGGCAAUCCGGUGGAGCCGACUCAAAUUGUAGGUUUUGUUAUUAUCACUGCAGGCGUGUACUACUACCGGGUUAAUGGUGGUGAAAUUACUCCCGAGACGGUGUCGGCAGAGGUG